UGCACGCUGCAGAAAGAGGGGACCGUCGGUGUUUCCUUCCUGCUGCCUUUUGGAGCCGCCGCUAUGGCCAUGUUUCCCGCGGCCGGACUCGGUACCGCUCUCCGACUGUUACUGCGGCAGCAUCGAUCACAAGCUUGUGCUAUCCGGAUGCUGAAGACUACAUGUUCAAAGUGUAGUGAAGUCUUGGCAAGUCCCCGUAUGGAUGAUGCCCCAAAAGAAUAUUCACCCAAGAUUCAGCAGCUAGUUCAGGACAUUGCUAACCUGACUCUCCUAGAGAUUUCUGACCUCAAUGAGUUGCUAAAGAAAACUCUCAAGAUCCAAGAUAUUGGACUUAUGCCAAUAGCCGGGAUGAUGCCAGCAACACAGUCGGCAGCACCAGCAGAAGAAGAAGAAGCUGUUGAAAAAGUAGAAAAGAUCAAUUUUACAGUGCGGUUGACUGGGUUUAAAGCUGAAGACAAGGUGAAAGUUAUCAAGGAAUUAAAGAACCAUGUGGAGAACAUAAACCUUGUCCAGGCAAAGAAGUUGGUGGAAUCUCUCCCUCAAGACAUCAAAGUAAAUGUUCGUAAAGAAGAAGCAGAAAAGGUUAAAUCAGCUCUGGAGGCAGCUGGAGGCACAGUUCAUCUGCAAACUCAGCAGGAAGUGAAGCUGCGCAUGACAGGGAUGGCUCUACGUGUGAUUCACAACGAUGGUUUUCUAGCUCUCUACAAUGGGCUCAGUGCCUCGCUUUGCCGACAAAUGACGUAUUCUCUCACCCGCUUUGCCAUCUAUGAGACGGUGCGAGACAGCUUGAGCCAGGGUGCCCAGGGUCCAAUGCCCUUCUACCAGAAGGUUCUGCUGGGUGCAGUAGGAGGAUUUACUGGUGGAUUCGUGGGGACUCCAGCUGACAUGGUGAAUGUCAGAAUGCAGAAUGACAUUAAGCAGCCGGCACACCUGCGACGCAACUACUCCCAUGCCCUGGAUGGCCUGUAUCGGGUGUUUCGUGAAG